AUGAGAAAUUUGGAGCGCCAAAUGGGACAGCUUGCCAGUGCUCAAAACACUAGACCAGUUCGAGCUCUUCCAAGUGACACUGAAGCUAAUCCUAAGGCAUCCCUUAAUGCCGUGUCGUUGAGGAAUGGGAGACAAUUAGAGGAAGUUCAAUCGAAAAAGAGGAAACAGGUGACUUUUAAUAAGAGGCCAGCCACUAUAGAAUCAACAUCAGAAAAAUCUAAGGAGUUAGAGAAGCCAGCUGGAGAGGCGGUGGCUGAGCAACCCCCACCAUUGGUUGCAAGGCCACCACCUCCGUUCCCUCAAAGAUUGCAGAAAGUAAAGGAUAACGCCGCCUAUAAAAAGUUUCUUGAUAUUUUGAAGCAGGUGCAAAUUAAUAUUCCAUUGGUUGACAUCUUACAAGAAGUUCCCAAAUAUGCAAAUUCAAGAAUUCAUGGCAAGUUGCCUCAGAAAUUGAAGGAUCCAGGUAGUUUCACUAUCCAAAUCUUGAUUGGUAAACAUGCUGUUGGGCAAGCUUUAUGUGAUCUUGGAGCAAACAUCAAUUUGAUGCCGCCAUCUGUGUUCAAACAGUUGGGGUUGGGUGAUCCACGCCCAACAACAGUUAUCUUACAGUUGGCUGAUCGCUCCCUUGCUCAUCCUGAAGGAGUGAUUGAAGAUGUGUUAGUUCAAGUGGGUUCUUUCAUAUUCCCUGCUGAUUUCAUUAUCUUGGAUUACGAGCCUAAUUAG